CCUCAUUUGAGGAGGCGUCAAUUUAACUUUAAACCCAUGAGCUCAUUGAGAGCAGAGGAGAGAAGAUGUCUCUAAAUGCAGGAAACUGUUGCCAUAGCAUUUUCCUUCCCUAUUCCUGCCUACUCUUCCACCCCAAAAGCAGCAACAAUUUGUGCUCUACCGUCUUCUUUCAGGAUCCAGAUGCAUUUUCAGAAGCUAGGACCCCAGGUAUGUGAUAUGUGAUAUCUACACCACCUAAUAAUUGUUCUCAGGGAUAUCGAAUAAGUCCAUUAAGUUUCUCAGGACUGAAUCAUCUUUGCGGAUGCAAUUGCUGAACAGGAAACAGACUCAGGGAGAAUUUUAGCCCCCCAAAAUCUCAUUGGCCCUCUGCACAAGCCAAGCCACCAUCACUCCUGCAACACAACCGAUUCCUUUCAGCACUCGCAGCCGUGGACAGCUCCCUCGCCGCGCGGUCCAUUCCUCCGCAGUGAGCUGACUCGUGUUCAGCCUGCAUCGGUCGGUGCAGCAUCCGACACCAAGCCCUCGCCAGCGCGCAGAGAACACGCGCUCCCUCCCUCCUCCCUCUCGGCUCCCCCGCCCCUCGCUUACCCCGGCUCACUCCAGCGGCGACUUUGAGGGAUUCCCUCUUCGGGCAGCCUCUGCAGCAGCACAUCUGGCCUCAUUCGCUGCUAGACAAGCAUGGAUCUCCGAGGCAGAGCCGUUCUCAGCUUCGAUAGACUUCGAAUUCUCCUGAUGCUGUUCCAUUCAGUGGCUCGAAUCAUGGCAGAACAAGAAGUGGAAAAUCUCUCAGGCCUUUCCACUAACCCUGAAAAAGAUAUAUUUGUGGUGCGGGAAAAUGGGACGACAUGUCUCAUGGCAGAGUUUGCAGCCAAAUUUAUUGUCCCUUAUGAUGUGUGGGCCAGCAAUUACGUCGAUCUGAUCACGGAACAGGCCGAUAUUUCACUGACCCGGGGAGCUGAGGUGAUGGGCCGCUGUGGCCACAACGAGUCGGAGCUGCAGGUGUUCUGGGUGGAUCGCGCGUACACACUCAAGAUGCUAUUUGUAAAGGAAAGUCACAACACGUCCAAGGGACCCGAGGCGACGUGGAGGCUGAGCAAAGUCCAGUUUGUCUACGACUCCUCGGAGAAGACCCAUUUUAAAGACGCAGUCAGCGCGGGGAAGCACACUGCCAACUCGCAUCGCCUCUCUGCCUUGGUCACCCCAGCCGGAAAGUCUUAUGAGUGUCAAGCUCAGCAGAGCAUUUCACUAGCCUCCAGCGAUCCACAGAAGACGGUCACCAUGAUCCUGUCCGCAGUCCACAUCCAGCCCUUUGAUAUCGUCUCUGAUUUUGUCUUCAGUGAAGAGCAUAAAUGCCCAGUGGAUGAGCGGGAGCAGUUGGAGGAAACCUUGCCUCUGAUUUUGGGGCUCAUCCUGGGUCUCGUCAUUGUGGUAACACUGGCGAUUUACCACAUCCACCACAAAGUGACUGCCAAUCAGGUGCAGAUCCCUAGGGACCGGUCCCAAUAUAAGCACAUGGGCUAGGGGCCAUUAGGCAAGCAGCGCCCCCAGCCCGUCUCCCCCAGCUGGAUCAGGUAGAGAAACAAAAGCACUUUACCACCUUAAACAUGGGAUAUACCAACAUAGCUACACUCCAACAGUCCUGGGUAUCCAAGGCUUGCUUGGCCGGCAUCCAUGCUUAAACCCAGGGAUGGGGGGAUUCUUUUGGAUUCAUGGGGUGAAUGGCAGUUGUUCUCUCCAUGCUGGGAAAUGAAGACAGAGGGGAACAGCCAGCUUUCACACUCAUGGUGGCUUGGCUUUGACUCUCCAUGGAGCAGCACAAACAACUCAGAGGAGUCUCUGGCCCCAAAUUCUAGGGAUUGGAAAUAUACUUCUUUUGGGAAGACACCCUUUAGGUUCAGAGGAAUAAGGGGUACUUUGCUCCCUUGAACACAGCUGGCUUACCCUAUAUAGUUGUCAAUACACACAAAACACAGCCUCAUGCUCCCUGCAGCAAGACCCCUGAAAGUGAUCCAUGCUUCUGGCUGGCAUUCUGCAUGUCUAGUGAUUGUCUUGGGAAUGUUUCACUGCUCCCUGCACCCAGUGACUUCGCAGCACAAGAACCGUUAAUGUAACUAUGCAGAGUUGUUUGGACUUCAUAGCGUGCUAGGUCCAAGUAUGGGGACCUGAAGAAUCAAUCAAUCCAUGUGAGUUUGUUUUUCAGAAUGAAUUAAAACACACUACUGUCUAAA